GUUUGAGCUAAGUGUUCUACAUUCUAUGAACUUUCUCAGCCUUCCGAUCCAUGCAGCUCAGCGUAUACAACCGAUUUUGUAUCCGUAGCUGCGCCGUAUCAGCAGCUCGAAUCGAAGGGGAAGUGGUCCUCCGAGAACUCCAACAUCCCUACGUUCCCUCUACUCUUCUCACUUCUCCACUUCCCUCGCUUUUCUCUUCUUUCAAACCCUAGACCUCCAAUCCUCAAAACCCUAUAAACCCUUCCCUUCAAUUCUCCUCCCAUUCCUUCUCAUACUUUCGCAGACCUUUUCCUUGUUCUCAAAUCCCUGGCCCGCCAAAUCGGUCAUACUCGCGCGUCCUGCCUGUGCCCUAAUUGGCCCGUCAAUUUCGGCAAGCCUUCGAAUUCUUCCCAGAGGUUCUAUACUUACGUUUGUUAUCUGGGACUGGCGGAAUUUGAACACAGCUGCCCGUUGCUUAUUUGUUUUCUGGACUAGGGCACCGUGCUGUUAUCUUCUUUUGCUUUGCUCUUCAUUGAAUUGUGCCGUCGGUUCUUGUCUGUAAAGUUUGGAGCUUCCUGUGUUGGUUUCGGGUUGUGCUGAGUGAAAGUUGGCGACUUUGAAUUCUGCUACUUUUUUUUGGCUGAGUGAUAGCUGGUUAGCUUCAGUUGUGUGGGCUGUGAGGUUUGGAUGGAGUGACAGGGUUCAGAUGUGGAGUUUGAGCGUUUGCGCUCGCAUGGGUGGAGCAUGAGCAGAUAUGAGUAGGUUGUCAUUUCGGCCACGCCCUCUUGACAUUCAUAAGAAACUUCCUAUUAUUAAGUCUGUGAAGGAUUUUGAUGAUGAUGAAGUGCCUACUGCUGUUGCUGCCACCCGGAACUCACAACUGCUACGAAUUGCAGCCGAGACUGACAAUGAGGUACAUCACAUCCUUGUCAAAAAAGUGUCAUCUGAAAUCCCCACACCACAGUAUAAUUUUGUGGAAACAUAUGAAAGGGAUUAUUCCCGAACUUUCAGCCAACCUUCAUCUUACUUACGUGGAAGAGGAGCUAGAGCAGAGGUUAGUGACUUUAUAGAGUAUGAUCUUGACAACGAGGAUGAGGAUUGGCUUCAAAAUCUCAAUAAUGAGAGGAGAAUUCUUCCACCUGAAAAGUUCGAGAGUAUACUUUUUAAGUUGGAGGUUCUGGAUCAUAAAACUCGAGAGAGAUCAGGAGCCCUGCAACCUACUUUCACAUCUCCUGUUCCAGUCUUCCUGCAGCUUGAUGCUGCAGCUGAGGCCUUGCAGGGGCAAUCUUUGCGAAUUGCAGUUAUUCAAUCUAUAUAUUACUACUGGAAAUCAAAGCGGGAACGUUGGCAGAAACCAUUAUUAAGGCGAUUACAGCCUCCUCCACCGGUUAAUGAUACAAAUCCUUAUAAUGUUUUUAGACCAAGGGAGAAAGCCCAUCGUCUUCACACCAGGAGGAUGCAAAGGCGGGAGAACAACGUUCAGUCCUUUGAGAAACUGCGUCAGGUUAGACGUAACUUGGGCCAGGCAAAAACAGUGCUGGAGGCUUUGAUUAAGAGAGAAGAAACCAAGCGACUACUUAUGGAGAGUAACGUCAGUCUUCAGCGGAUUCAGAUGAAAUAUAAGCAUGAAGCACAACUUGUCGAUGAUGGAAUAGCAAUGCCUGGUUUUCACUCAAAUUCGCAAAAGUUUGGGUCAAGUGAGGAUGAUUAUAUAGACUCAGAUGAUGCGAGAACAGGCCGUCCCCGAGCGAGAGCAACACAACGUUCACCCUUUGCGGAGCCCAAGAUUGUAGUGAUUCCCAGGGGUCACAUGAAACGAGGACGGGCUUUGCCACACAGAUGGUCUUACAAGAGGGACCCACAUGAGCCUGUUCUGCUAUUCACAAGACCUCUAGAUCCAGACAGAUUGGCUGCUGCAAGCAUUGUUCCGCCGGCGCCUUCACCAGUUGAAAAUGGUUCGAAACCAAGUUACCGUUUCCAUGGCAGGAUUGGUCGAGGAGGGCGAAUCAUCUUCGAUCGCUGGAGUCCGCUUCUUCAAUCUCCAAUUGGUUUCGAAAGCAUUCAACAUGUUCCGGCGACUGAUCAGCCUUCUCAGCCAAACGGUUGAAGCAAUUGUUUUGAUAACAUAUUUCAUGUUUCCUUGCAUCAGUUGCUGAUCUUCUCUGAAAAGAUCUUCAGCUUCCCUUUUUUGCUUCUGAGGUGUCUCUUCUGGACCAAAGAGGAAAGAAAAUUAGUAGAUGGAGCAUCAUGGCAGGAGCAGAAAGGCCAAGUUUACAGGGAAAGUGAUAGUGGGAACUGAGAAGGCUGUUUAAUCCUUCUUUUUUUUCUUUUUUUUUUCUGAUUCUAAUUCAUGAGUAUCCGGCUAAUCUCCACACCAUUGUACAUUUAUUUAGAUUGCAAUUUGGAAGCCAGAAAGCAUUGUGCCCAAACAGUAAGUCUUUCUUUUUAGGGGCUUUUAUGUUCCAAAUGCAAGAUAAGUUUCUCAAUCAAUUCAUGGGAACAUAAAUGUGUUUAUUCUUAUAAAAUGGCCAUUGUCAUUUAGUGUUUAUA